UUAUCCACUGGAGCUUCACCUAGUCCACCAAGCAGCGGAUGGAGCCCUGUCUGUUGUUGCAAUCCUCUACGAAGAUGGUCCUGAGGAUCCAUUUACAGCAAAGAUCCAAGAUGGUUUGACAAAGCUUGCUCAGGCGGGAAAUAGUAGUAAAGGUGUACCAAUAGGGCUGUUGGAUAUUGAGCCUUUGAAGGAAAAAGCUUCAGAAUAUUUCACAUAUACAGGUUCUCUUACCACUCCUCCAUGCAGUGAAAAUGUCCUCUGGAAUGUCCUUGCCAAGGUGGCAACAGUAUCCAAAGCGCAGGUAGAAGCACUAAAAGCUCCGCUAGGGGAAGCUUACAAGCAGAAUAGCAGGCCCAUCCAGCCCCUCAAUGAUAGAAAGGUGUCACUAUACAAACAAGUUUAGUGCUUGCAACUUCUUCCCAAUUUUGAAAUUAUACCUGAACCUACAAAUCAUCCUGUACUAAAUCAAUAUGUUAUUUUCUUUUUUUCUUUAACAGAAAUACAAUAAAAAUAUUGAUUUGUGAUAAAAUUAUGUGUCUUGUUUCUA